CUUACAUAUGAAAUGAAAAUUAAAUACACAACUGGCUCCAGACAAACCCAUACGUCUCUAAGCAACAAGAUUGAAAACUUUUAAACCUAUAAAUAUGCUGUCAAUCCGAUUGCCCUUCAUUGUUUGUGUAUGGAUAAAUGUUUUCGAUGUCGUGAAUGGACAUGGCCUAAUGUUGGACCCACCCGGAAGAAGCAGCAUGUGGCGGGUUGGCUUUGGUACCCCAAGCAACUACGACGACAAUGGGCUGAACUGUGGAGAUCUGCAUCAACCCCUAGACUUCAUGAGCGGAAAUUGCGGCUUAUGUGGGGACCCAUUAGAACAGGAACCGAAAGAGAACGAGGCUGGUGGGAAGUUUGCCACAGGGAUCAUUUCAAAAUACUACCACAAGGCCGAAAUCAUUAAAAUUAAAAUACUGUUAACAUCGAAUCACGGAGGGUUCUUUGAAUUCCGCCUCUGUGAAAAUAAUGAUGUGACGACUAGAAUAACAAGAAAAUGCUUAAAACACUUGUUGGUCAAUCCGGAUACAGGAGAGACAAGGUACCCAGUUGUGCUCUCACAUCAGACCAUUGAUGUGUCUGCAAAACUUCCGGGGAAUGUGACGUGUUCACAAUGCGUCUUGCAAUGGAGGUAUCGAACAGCAACCACCAUUCAUUAUACCGAAGACAAUUGUGAAUUAUGCGGUGAUCAGGAAGAAUUCUAUGCAUGUUCAGAUAUUGCGAUCAUAGACCCGAAUGUGCCGACCCCGCCAGUAAAGACGGGUACAACCACAACUAGUUCGAAUACCACUGCUGAACGUACCACAAAAACUACCCCUAACACUACUACUACCACAGAAACUACCACCAAAACUUCCCCUUCAACGACCACUACCACCACUGAUAUCCCUACCACCACUUCUGCCCCGUCUACCAUCCCUCCCACCACCGACCACCGACCUGGUGACAGCUGUAUAUCUAUUUCUAACAUCGAUGACGCCUGGUGUGACCUGAACUGCCAUCACUCACCGCCAUUUUGUCCGAUUUUCUUAUGCAAGUGUUUGUAAAGGUCGAAACAGCCUUCGCGUUCACAUAUAACUGAUACAAUCUUCGCCUGUUUCACAACUGACGUUUACCGACUUUCCUUCGUAUAUUUGUUAUUGCAUUCAUCUUUAUUACCAGUCAUCCGUCUGCCUUAACGUUGUUGUAACCAUCAGUAAGUGCUGUUGUCAUUGACAGUUGUCUUAUAUGGCAAUCUCUCUAAUAUUCUAAAAUAUAUCGUGGAUGUGAAAU